GACAAAAUUUCAUACUCUCCCCUUUCUUAUCCGAAUCUCAUAUCUAGCAUCUCAGAAGCAACCCUCGAAAAGAUGGAAGGUACAUGUCUCUGCGGCGCCGUAACCGUAACAAUCAACGAUUCGGAGCUCUUCUCUCGUCCAAGAGGUCAUUUAUGUCAUUGUCUGAAUUGUAGAAAGACAGCUUCCUCGGCAUUUGGAAGUAAUCUCGCAAUCGAGAGUGAAAAAGUGACCAUUAAAGGGGCGGAGAAUAUGAAUGUAUAUGCAGACUAUGAUACCACAAGCGGAAAAUGUGUUAGGAGGCACUUUUGUAAGACCUGUGGAAACCCAAUUCAAUCAAUAGCCGAAGCAUAUCCCGGCAAAACCAUUUUGAAGAUGGGAAUCUUCGAGAAAGUCAUGACGCCAGAAUGGGAAAGCUUCGUGAAGGAUAGACACCCGUGGAUAUCAGGAUUGGAAGGAGCGGUGCAAUUCAAGGCGGAAAGUGGCGGAGAGAAAGUAUAGUAGUGCAUGGUUGUCUUGGGGGAUGAACCAAGUGGCGAGGGAUGGAUACCGCCGUAUUUCUAUGAAAUGUAGGCAAUCUUACGUUAGUUGAAAUGAGCAUGCAUUUUCCUCAAAAAAAAAAAAGAAUUGGUAGCUGGCUUAAUUGUUAACCUCAGCAAACAUGCCAACCAGGCCCAAGUUUUAACUGCGAGCUUCUAUCAAUAUACACUAUCUCAUCUCCUGGACA